ACCCCACCAAGGUGUUACAGUUGUUGGAAGUUGAUCGAGGACGAGUAUUACCUGGGCGGGGACGAAGAAGUGUGCUGGCACAUGUCGUCAGGCUGUUUGAAGUGCCAGGAGUGCGGGCUGGUGUUGGAACACGGCACGAAAUGUUAUGUCCUCUCCGGCUCCAUCUACUGCUCGGACGAUUAUAAAAAGCUAGGUUCGAGGAAGAAGUGCAAGCGAUGCGAUGCCAUCAUAUCAGACCUUGAGAUGGUUAUGUGCACGAAACUCAACGAUGUCUACCACGUCAAAUGUUUCUCCUGCGUCGUGUGUCACCUCACUUUGACUGCCGGUCAGCAAUACGGCAUUCAGAAUGGAGACAUCCACUGCGGACCUCACUUCGAAGCUCUUCUGUCCAGCGCAGGCAGCUCAAACACGUUCAACCCGCUGCCAUUCAACUCACCUCCUCCCACAUUUCAGUCGCCAUCAAGUUACAACAACGCCACUGAGUACGAUGAAAUGAAUAAAACUCAGGCUGCCAGCGCAAUCGACCAACUAUUGAGUAACAAGGGCAAUGAAACUGGUAACAACAAAUCCUUCCCGUGCAACGGCUACGUUAGCAGCAACAACCAAGGCAGCAAUAACAACGGCAGCAACAGGCAGAAAAGAUUGAGAACAUCAUUCAAACACCACCAACUUCGCACCAUGAAAACAUACUUCAACAUCAAUCACAAUCCUGAUGCAAAAGAUUUGAAAGAUCUUGCUCACAAAACAGGAUUAACUAAACGAGUUUUACAAGUCUGGUUUCAGAACGCAAGAGCCAAGUAUCGUCGCAACAUGAUGAAACAAGACUCUGGAAAGCUGAGCGAACCUGCAGCAGAAAACAGUCUACCCUCACCCUCGUCUAACCUGGAAAUAAAUAAAAUUUCACAAAACGUUUCAUCUCUAUCGUCAUCUUCAUCGCCAUGCUCCGUGAAAGCAGCCUUAAUCAAAAGUGACCCAUCCACUCAGCACUUGUCCGGUUGCAACGUGUCCGAUCUAUCUAACCUUUCAAUGUCCGCCCAAAAUUUUGUUGCAGACGAGACCGAUUCAAACUGUUGUCCUGCCGAUGAUAUAUCUGUUCAAUUUUUAGAUUGA